UUUUUGCGUUAUGUCGAGGGUCUUAAAUCUGGAAGAUCUGCGCCCCUUGAUAGUCUCUCAAUUCAACAGGGCAGAAUGGAUGGCGAAGAGCUUUAAAAUGGCUGCGUUCAGACCAACCAUGGAUCAGAAUAGGGCCAAGAUUAUUCUAGGGAUAUCCCCCAGCACAAACAUUGACGAUAUUUCGGACUCAGAUCUUCAUGAUAACUUCAGAAUGAUACAUGAGGCUUAUCAGUUCCUAAUGUUGAAGAAAAGAAAACUGUCUGGAAGAACAAUGACAGAAAACUGGAACAAAAUGGGAACCAAAUCAAAGUUUCUAUCUGCAGCCAAGUUGAAAGAACAGGUGGAGAUAAAUGAGGAGAAAUAAAUAUAAAGAAAUAUAUAUAUAUACAUAUGU